AUGCCCGGCUCUGUAGAUCCCACCACCCCGACAGAACCCUCGUCGCCGAGGCACUCCCCGCGCAUCGAGCUCCCAGAAGAAGACGCCAGCGCCUCCCCGCGGACAGACGGCCAGACCAGCCCAGGCCUCAGGAACAGCAAAGGAUGGGACGGCAAGCUCAGGGUUCAGCAUCUACUCGAUGGCGAAGACCCAGAAACAGACGAACUCAUCGUCUCUCACGCCCGCGUCUCCUCCAUACCCGCCCUCCGCCUCGAACGCUUCCAAAAGGUGGUACGCCUCUGCCUCCGCCAGAACUCGAUCCAGUCCAUCGACGGCCUCGCCGCCCUCGCGCCCACCCUCGAGGACCUCGACUUUUACGACAACCUCAUCUCCCACAUCCGCGGCCUCGACGACCUCGUCAACCUCACCUCUCUCGACCUCAGCUUCAACAAGAUCAAGCACAUCAAGCACGUCAACCACCUGACCAAGCUCAAGGAGAUCUUCCUCGUCGCCAACAAGAUCUCCACAAUCGAAAACCUCGAAGGGCUCGAUGACCUCACCUCGCUCGAGCUCGGCUCCAACCGCAUCCGCGUCCUUCAGAACCUCGACUCCCUGAAGAAACUCGAGGAGCUCUGGGUCGCCAAGAACAAAAUCACCGAGCUCACGGGGCUAGGCGGACUCUCUAACCUGCGCCUCCUCAGCAUCCAAUCCAACCGCAUUCGCGACCUGGCGCCCUUGGCUGAGGUGCCCGGCCUCGAGGAACUCUACAUCUCUCACAACGCCCUCACCUCCCUCGCCGGUAUCGAAAAGAGCGAGAAGCUGCGCGUCCUCGACAUCUCCAACAACGCCGUUGCGAGCGUUAAGGGCCUCGCGCCACUCAAGAACCUCGAGGAGCUCUGGGCCAGCUAUAAUCAGAUUGGCGACUUCAACGAGGUCGAGAAGGAGCUCAAGGACAAGGAACACCUCACGACGGUCUACUUUGAGGGCAACCCGCUACAGCUUAGAGGACCCGCGGUGUAUCGCAACAAAGUCCGUCUGGCGUUGCCCCAACUAUCCCAGAUCGACGCAACCUUUGUCAAAACAUCAUGA